AUGAUUUCAGCAGCUUUAAAGGCAGCCGAAGAAUCUUCUCCCAACGCAUUUGGAUCAUUCCACCUAUGUUGGGCCCGUGACUGUGAAAAGUUCGGAUCCUCGAGGACGAGGGCUAUUCACAACAAAGCAUCAAGACGUUUCCUUGCUGAUAAACACGCAAACUAUGGUUAUAACCCAUGGGACCAAACAAAACUUCUCACGAUGACUGCCCAGAAGGUGUACCGGAACCCUUUUCUAGCCUCAGUCAUCGCUGGCUUGCAUCACGGUUCAUACAAGGCCGUUGACACGUCGGAUCUGAGUGGUGCACCGGUGGUUGACACGCGGGGAAUCACAGAUUUACAUCCAUAA